UUCACCAAGCCCCAGCAGCAGGCAGAGCUUAUGGGGAAGAAGCUUGACGCUUUGCUUGGACGAGGGUUCAAGCCCUCCAAAUUCAAAUCAGUCAUUAGUGUUGCCAUUUCUCGUCUUUCCGUUUUCAAGAACCAGCGUCAGGCUCGCUGCAACCUUGCUCGUUCCGAUGUUGUUCAGCUGCUUCAACUCGGCCACCUCGACCGAGCUCUUCUUAGAGUUGAGCAGGUGGUGAAGGAACAGAAUAUGUUGGAUGUGUUUGGUAUCAUAGAAGGGUAUUGCAAUCUUCUUAUCGAAAGAGUUCAUCUCAUUGAGCAAGAGAGAGAUUGCCCUGAUGAGCUAAAAGAGGCAAUAUGUGGCUUGCUCUUUGCAUCUUCAAGGUGUGGAGAUUUUCCCGAGCUUCAAGAGAUUCGUGCAAUCUUCGUGUCUCGCUAUGGCAAGGACUUUGCUGCUGCUGCCAUUGAGUUGCGCAACAAUUGCAGAGUCAACACGACGAUUAUACAAAAACUCUCGACUAGACAACCAGACUUGCAGCGCAGAAGAACCGUGCUCAGCGAGAUUGCUGCUGAGAAUGGCACUGCCCUACAACUCCAUACUAAUGAAAAUUUGGAAGGAGGCAAGAAUCAUAGCCACUCCAAGCUAGAACCAUCAGGUAAGGCAACCAACCAUGCAGGCCUAGGAGAUGACGACUCCUCUUAUUCACCAAAAGCGAGGAAAAAGUACAAGGAUGUAGGUGAUGCCGCUCAAGCAGCCUUCAAGUCAGCUGCGUAUGCGGCGGCAGCAGCAAGAGCGGCAGUGGAACUCUCCAGGUCUGAUUUCCAUGAUCCAGAUGAUCACAACAGUCCCGUUUGUCCAAGAAAAAAUGGAUUUGACAGACACGAACACAGUUCUAAAGGUGAAGAAACUAAUCAAGGCAAUCAAGCAGAGGAGUCGAAUCAAAGCAUGAAGACCUCGAGUCCUCCAAGUAAAGAAUCAUCAGAAGCAAAGCUGGACAUGAGGACAAAUGUUCAUGGAUGAAGUGGACCCGAUCAAGCUAUUGGAAAAGGAAGUGGUUAUUCAUGAAAGUGAUGAUGAUGAUAACUAUGAUAUGAACGCAAGGGAGCUUAAAGACAAGGAUGAAGAGCACUCGGAAAAUACAGGACUGAUGUUUCAGUACUCAUAUGAUACGCAAGUCCCCUCAAGCCUUCGUGCUGGUUUGAAGCAGGAGACUGGACCUGAAGUCCCCUCGGAACAUGUCGGUCCGAGUAUUGGGACCAAAGGUAAACGACCCUUCACUAUACAUAAGGGACCGUUUUCUACGAGGACUAGACAAGUGCGCGGGUACUGAGGAGCAUCAGUUCAGUUAAAUUCAUUUUAAAGCAUGGCAGUUUCCAUUAUAGCAUCAGGCGUGUCAAUAAGUUUGUUUUCAUUUUUAGUUAAUUUUCAUGAGAUUUAAACUUGAUUUAAACUA